ACCGCUCGCUUCCCUCCUUCACACAGCACAACCAAAAAGACAGACAGGGAGGGACAGACAGACAGACAGAGCUGGUGAGAGAGAACCAGAGAUGCCUUCCUACUCCACCAACAUGAGGAUGAAGUUCCCCAUCGUGGCCUUGCUCUUGGAGAUUAUCACCAUCAUCCUGUUUGCAGUGCUUGUGGUCUAUGAUGAUGGGAAAGGUCACGGCCACGGCAGCCAUGGCCACAAUGACUCUCAUCAUGACGAACCCCAGGACCCCAUGGCCCUGUACCCCAUGUUUCAGGACGUCCACGUCAUGAUCUUCAUCGGCUUCGGGUUCCUCAUGACCUUCCUCAAGAAGUAUGGGUUCAGCAGCGUGGGCGUCAACUUGCUCCUGGCCGCCUUCGGCCUGCAGUGGGGCCUCCUCAUGCAGGGCAUCUGGCACAUGGACGACGGCAAGAUUAAAGUCAGCAUCUUCAAAAUAAUCAACGCAGACUUCAGCACAGCUACAGUCCUCAUCUCCUUCGGCGCUGUCCUGGGCAAAACCAGCCCCGUCCAGCUCCUCAUCAUGACCAUUCUGGAGAUCACCAUCUUCUCCGUCAAUGAGCACCUGGUGGCCAACAUUCUUGGAGCUAAUGACGUCGGAGCAUCCAUGAUCAUCCACGCUUACGGAGCCUACUUCGGCUUGGCUGUGGCUCGGGUACUUUACAGGCCAGGUUUAAGAAACGGGCACGAGAACGACGGAUCCGUUUAUCACUCCGAUCUGUUCGCAAUGAUUGGAACCGUCUUUUUAUGGAUGUUCUGGCCCAGCUUCAACUCGGCCAUCGCUGAUCCAGGCUUCACCCAGCUCACCGCAGUCGUCAACACCUACCUGUCCCUGGCUGCCUGCGUGCUCUCUGCCUACGCCAUCUCCAGCCUCGUGGAGCACAAAGGGAAACUGGACAUGGUGCACAUUCAGAAUGCCACCUUGGCCGGUGGCGUUGCUGUGGGAACGUGUGCUGACAUGAACAUCGGGCCGUUCGGGGCCAUGCUGAUUGGUUUUGUUGCUGGCAUCAUCUCCACAGUCGGCUUCAAGUUCCUGUCUCCCAUCCUGGCGUCCAGCCUGGGCAUCCAGGAUACCUGCGGCGUCCACAAUCUGCACGGCAUGCCUGGCAUCCUGGGCGGCCUGGCUGGCAUCGUGGCCGUGGCUUUGGGGAAGAAAGAGGGCAGCGCUGCCAUGCAAGCUGCCGCCUUGGCUUCGUCCCUCGGGUUUGCUUUGGUUGGAGGUGCCCUCACAGGUUUCAUAAUGAAGUUGCCGUUCUGGGGACAGCCUCCAGAUCAGAACUGCUUCGACGACUCUAUUUACUGGGAGGUUCCUGAGGAGGAAGAAGAGAACGAGGAGAGCUUGGCUCACGCGGAUCACUCAAAGAACAAAGGAGAGGUUUAAAUAUCCGUCCCCUCAGCUAGAAAUGAAGAGGAAAAAGGAUCAGUUCGCCUCACUGUGCCUGCAGCUAAACAUUCGUCUGUUACAUUAAUGCAAUUUGCAAAAACAUAUAAGGCAGGAUUCACACAUACAAAGUAACCGCGCUCAGAAUAAUUUUUUUAAUGAUUUGUAAUUAAGAAGGGCACUGAAAAUUUUUACACAAGUCAUUUUAUUCUAACAAUCUAGCAGUGAUUUGGUUAAAUUUACACACACGAAAACAAUCAGGGAUUUUCUACACUUAGAGUUUUCAUGAAUACUCAGCAUUCUUCACUGCUGUGCUGAUCCACUUGUAUAAGCUUUUCGUUAUGUUGUUUUAUAUUAUAUAUAUAUACAUAAAAAAAGCAUGUUUUAAGCUAUUAGUAUUGUGUUUAUUUCCCCUCAUAUGUUCUUUUACAUUUCCAUACACCCGGCAUAUAUAUUUCUGCCAAAGCUCAGGCCGCAUUACCUCACUGGAGCCCGGUCCUCUGACGUGGGCAGGGAUAGUCGCAUAAUGUUCCUGUAACUAAUGAACCUUUGUGUGUCUUAUCUUCUACUACUUCCAAGCAUUUUUUUUUUUUUUUUUACACCUUUCUGUGGGCAGCUGCACAAUUAAGCAUUAGAUCGGCCGUCAGUGGGCAAGCUGGGGUUUGUGUUUUACUCCAUUUACUAUUUAGCGCAAAUGUAUUCUUAACUGUACAUACAGAUUUAGUUCUUAGACACAAUGACAUGGUCAGUUUUAUCGAAGCUAAGAUGAAGAAUAGCCACUGGUACUGAACACUUUUCAGAUAUCUUUCAAAGAAUUUAACAGGAACUUGCGUAUUGUUACGAGGUGCAACAAUGGCACAGUACAGUUUUACCUUUCUCAGCAUACCACAAUAAGUAUUACGUUGGCAUUUUCUGUACCUGUUUUGACUGUUGGUGAAUUAUUGUUAGUUGAACAUCAAAACUUAACACUGAGAGCUAGAUGAAACUGACUACACAAAGACGUGAUCGGUGUUAUUCUGGUUUGUCAAAUGAAUUCUGACCGAACACUGAAAAGCAUCAAGAUUUUGUAUUUUUAUACAGUGGACAUAUGCUCUUAUUUGUAUAAUAUACUAAUACUGUCAUAAUAAAUAUGUUUUUGUACAAUA